AUGUCUUCGUGGCUCUUACGUCCGUUGUCCACGGUCUCCGUUCAAGUGCGAAAUUACGGUCGGUUCGGUCGGAAGCCGCGGAUCACGAAACCCCGCCCAUCUCAUACUUACCGGGCUCUAGUUGAACAUAUAGUGCAGCCAAAGUAUGUCGAUUUCGUAAAAUCGUUACCCCCGAAUGAAACCUGUGAAUUGAAUGCGCACUACCAAAGUGUGACUGCCGCAGUGGAAACGAACGUGACUAAAUAUGAAACCCUGCUUGCGCGAGAAGCCCUCAUGAAGUUUCAGAGUUCACAACUGACCCUGAUAUUUCAUCGAAACAAGAUGGAGGGCUGGGAUUACUUCGAUGCGUCCCUCGCCUUGCACAAAUGUGGAAUCAAGGUGGAAGCCAUAGGGAAAAAAAUUUUGCAGAUUGCUCUGGACGGAACAAAAUACUCCAACAUUCUACCCAUCUUCACUGGUCAUCAGUUAAUAGGGUUCGGAAUGGAGAAAAGUGAUCCGAAAUCUGUGAAAGCCAUUUUCAAGGCGUUGCGUCGAACACCCGGUGUGGUGUUGAUGGCUGGCAUUCUUCAGGAUAGAAUCAUGAGUACAUCUCAGCUUAAAAGCUACUCAGAAUGGGGGAACAAACAUGCGGAGUUGGUGUCGACGUUGGCUACUGUCGGUGGUGCUGAUCUUUCACGUUUGGACGCUGUCAAGUCCCCGAGAGUCACGACCCAGCUCUUGUAUUUUAUUCUGAAAAUCUUUAUCCUGUUUCCAAAACAAGCUGUCUGUUGCGUGGCACUGCUUGACGGUUUCAGACAAAUCCUCGUGGCCUGCGUUUCUGUGCUCAAGUCACAGUUCGCGACGUUCGACGCGUCCAUGUUUCCACCGAUGCUCGUGUCUGUCCCCCAUCCAGAAACGCUGACAACUGUGCCAGUGCUGAAAGAAGUUGAUGUUGACAAACUGAUUGUUUUGACAUUCGUAUUGUCUAUGGUUGCUGCCGUUUUUAGCUUGAUGAUCCCGAUGUUUUUUGGGUCGGAUCCUACGAAAGAUGACGGAUAUAAGGGAUACACGAAACCGAAUCCGUUGAUCUUCUGCUCUGCAUUU